UUUAGCGAAGAGCAUAUGUUUAUCGCCUAGGUAUUACGCCGAACUCUUUUCCAAAAAACUGCACGAGCAGAGUACCGUUUGCAGCACCCGAUAACCCAAAUAAACCCGUCUCCACCGUCACAAUUCCCCAUCACCACCGUCACCCAUCCGCCACCACCACCACUGUCCCCCCUCUCUCUACGAAAAGAUGUUUCGUCAAAGCAUCCGCCGCUUCGCCACUGCAGCGGAGAGCGCCUCUCCAUACGGCAUUAAGGUCGGCAAGGUGCAAGGAAAGGUUAAUGGCUUCGUCGGCGCCAUUGGAAACACGCCCCUCAUCCGGCUCAACAAACUCUCGGACGAGACCGGUUGCGAAAUCCUCGGAAAGGCCGAAUUUAUGAAUCCCGGAGGCUCUGUGAAAGACCGGGCCGCGCUCUACGUAAUCAAAGACGCCGAGGAGCGCGGGCUGAUCCAGCCUGGCGGGACGAUCAUCGAAGGCACAGCGGGCAACACGGGCAUCGGACUGGCGCACGUGUGCCGCGCCAAGGGCUACAAGUGUGUGAUAUACAUGCCGGACUCGCAGUCGCAGGGGAAGAUCGACCUGCUGCGGCUGCUGGGCGCUGAGGUCUUCCCCGUGCCUGCCGUCGCGUACGAUAACCCCGAGAACUACAACCACCAGGCGAAGCGCCACGCCGAGCGCAUGGAAAACGCCGUCUGGACAAACCAGUUCGAUAACACCGCAAACCGCAGGGCGCACAUCGAAACCACCGGCCCGGAGAUGUGGGCGCAGACCGGCGGGAAGCUCGAUGCGUUCACGUGUGCCACUGGCACGGGCGGGACGCUGGCGGGUGUGACGCGGUAUCUGAAGGAGGUGUCAGACGGGCAGACGGAGUGCUGGCUUGCGGACCCGCCGGGGUCGGUGCUGUUCUCGUACAUCCAGAGCGGCGGGAAGCUCAGCGAGCGCAGCGGCGGCAGCAUCACCGAGGGAAUCGGCCAGGGCCGCGUCACCGACAACCUCAAGCAGGAGAUCAAUCUCAUCACGGAUGCGCUGAGCAUCCCCGACGAGGAGUCGAUCAAGAUGGUCUACCGCCUGCUCGACGAGGAGGGUCUCUACAUGGGCGCCUCCACCGCGCUGAACGUCGUCGCUGCGUACCAGCUCGCUCAGAAGAUCGGCCCCGGAAAGACUGUGGCUACUAUUCUCUGCGAUGGCGCGUACAGAUAUGCAGACCGCUUGUUCAGCAAGAAGUGGCUCAGGGAGAAGGGGCUGGAUAAAGCCAUUCCGUCGCAUCUCGAGAAGUACGCUGUUCUGGACUAGAGAGUGGGUAGAUCCGUGGGAGGGCUGGCUGGCUGUAUAUACCUGUAUUACGGUUGCGUUGUGUUGCGUUGUGCUGUGUUGUGGUAAUUUGUCUUUUUCAGUUCCAGUUCUCAUUACCUACCUACCCACCUUUCUUUCUUCCUCAUCUGUUCCUUUUGUUGUUUCUAAAUCCCCCCCACUCAUGGCGUUUUUUUCUUCUCUCCCUUUCUUUCUUUUAUGUUUUUUUUCAUGGUUGGUCCGUUGAGACGGUGUCGAUUGAUGGUUGAUGGUUGAUGGUUGAUGGUUGGAUGGUUGGAUGGUUGAUGGUGGGAUGUGUAUGUACCAUGGUGGGGCCGAGAGAUCCCGGGUUAAACGAAUGAAGCAGUGUUGGUUAGAGA